AUGAUUCGGCAAUUAUUAACGAAUAAUACUGCAAUAUUACAUUUUAUUCGACAUCGUGCUCUACUCAUGUGUACUUUAUCAGAAUUAAAAAUUGAAGAAGAUUAUUGGAAACAUGGUGCCGAUGUAGCAAUGCCUACUGUCAGAUGGUUAUCUCAAACAUCUAAAGAUAUAACGAAACGAAAUUUCAUUAAUUGGGAUUAUCCUCGAACGGAACACAACAUAAGGCAUCGACAAAGACUGAUUGAUAAUAAAUUACAACAAGCAGAAACUAAUUUGAAGGUUCAUUUACAACAAAGUCCUCCUUGUGCAUAUUCUCGUCAAGAGAGAUUUAGAAAAAUGCCUGAAUUAUUUUGA